AUGAACAGUUGCUCUCCAGUAUUAAAUUAAUCCAAAGGGACUACAUCUGGUUUCUUAAAAAAUUUAUUAGAUUAUAAAGCUAAUCUAAACUCAAAUGGAUCCAGCAAAAAAUAAUCAAUUUCAAGUUUUUAAAGAGAUAUUUCUCAUCUUGCUGAUUCAUUUAGACAUAAAACUCUGUAAUAACAAAUAAAAGAAAAGUAAUAAAUAGCAGAAAUAAGAUUAAAUGAAUACAUUCUUAAACAAAAAGAAAGAAAAUAGAAUAGGGAAUAUAUGAUUUAAAAUCAAAGGUAUCACUAUAAAACAUAAAAUCUCGAAAAUACAUUCGAUGAUGUGCUUUAAAUAUUAGAAAAAUAUUCUGACAUUAAUUUGAAUUGGGUAGCAUAAGACUUACAAGAAGUAAGUGGUAAUAGGAAAAAUGUUAUGUCAAAUUUAAAAACAACAAUAGUAAAUGGUUUAGAAAAGGGUUAUUUUGAAGAAAUUUCAAGCAUUUAGAAUACCGAAAGAAAAUUAUCGAUAAAGAAAAAAAUACGUACUUAUCUGAAUAAUAUUUGGGAUAGUUAAAGACAUGAAACAUACUAGUACACAUUUCUUUUCGAAUGAGCCUACUGGGAGAAAUGAUGCUAUUAAUCUAAAAAAAUGGUUAUAAAAUCAAUUAGAGAAUAUAUCAUAAAAUCCAAGUAUUGAUCAUAAAUCUAAAUUGUAAUAAGCAAGUGAUGUUCUAUUUAUAUGCUUGAAUGAAUUAAUUAGAUAGGUUUCAUAUUAAUGUACAGAGAGAGGAUAAUUAAUGCUUGCAAUCUUUAAAGGUUAUAUCACAGUAUUUAGAAAAACAAUUAAUAUGUAAGAGUCUGAUAAGUAAUAAAUGUAAAUUAUUGGUUAUAAAAAUUAAUUGGAAUUAUAAGUAGAAUUUGAAUAAUAAUAAGAUGAAUUGAAUGAAAAGAUAUUAGAUCUAAAAAAAGUCAUAUAGAAAUUAGAAAAUUAAUUGAAAACAUAAUAAGAAGAUGAAUAAAAUUUAAUAUUAAUAGUUUAAAAACUGACUAAAUAGAAUGAAUUAGAUAAAACUAUGAAAAAGGGUGCUGCUACUUUAAUAUCAAAUUUAAAUAGAGAAAUUAAAGAAUUAAGAAAUAAAAUAUCUAAAAUUUAAUAUAUAAAAUAAUCUGGUAUUUAAGUUAUUAAUGUACAAGAAGAAGAAGAUGAAUAAGAUUUAUCAUUAUCUUAAGUAUUAAAAGAAGUUGAAUAAAAAACAUCUGUUGAAUAAAAUCCUGAUAUUGUUGUUAAAGAUAUUGUUGAUGAACCACCAAAGAUAACUUUUUCUGUUUAUUGUUAAACUGAAAUACCUUUACGUACUUAUGAAACAUAAACUGAUUUAAAUUUAAUUGGUCAAUAAUAUGAUAAAAUAAUCAAUUAAUAAGAAUUAGAUUAACAUUUUAAAGAAUUCUAACUUAAAGAAUAAAUGGGUUUUUUCCUUUAAGAUGAUUAAUAAUAAAUUACAAAUAAUAAAAAUAUUUAAACUCAUUAAUAAUAAACAAAGGAAUAGAGAGCAAGUUUAAUUAGAAUAUUAGAUGGAUUGCCAGGUAGUAUGGAUCAUAUAAGAAAUAUGAAAAAGGAAGAUAUGUUUGAUUUAUUUGUUAGUAAUAUGAAAACUUUAAGAGAUUUGUUUGAUAAAGAAGAACCAUAAGAAAAAUAAAUUUAGAGUGAUUCAGAAUAAUCUAUGUUUGUAGAACCUCCAGAAAUAAAUAGUGAUGAAAAGAGAUCUACUAAUAAAGAUUCUAAAAAUAAUAUUAAAUUGAUUGCUGAAGUAGCAGAAAUGGAUGAAGCUUCUCCAAUGCCUAAUAGUUAAAAAAGAAUAAAUUUUAGUUUAAAGAAAUUAUCAUUUGAAAAAAUUGAAACAUAACCUAUAAAAAAUAAUACUAAUUCUUCAAAAUAGAAUCAAAAAUCUAAUAAAAGAUAACUUGAAAAGAUGUUUAGUUCUGAUAAAUUGGCAUUACCAACUGUAAAAGAAUUUUAGACAAAUGAAUUAACUCAAACAUAAAUGCUUACUAAUUCAAAUUUAAAUCCUAUUAAUUCAAAUUCUUCUAUAAUAUAAAGUAGUCAAAAUUUAUAAGCUAAUUCUAUAGCUAAUAAAUUUGGAUUAAGUAAAUAAGAAUAGAUACAAUUAAAAACAUAAGUAGCUAUGUUAAUUAUGUUGUAUAAUUUAUAAAUUUAAAAAUAAUAAAAUUUAACUAAAUCUAUGAAUGAUUUUGCAGGAUUAUUAAAUUAAUUAUUUUCAUUUACUAGAAAAUUGAUGAUUCAUAUUUUAAGAACAUAAUAAUAAAGUCAUAAAUAAAUAGCUGAAUAAUUUUUAGUUGAAUUUGAUUCUUUACGUAAAAGAAUGCCUGUAGAAUUAGAUGCAGAGAUUUAAGAAGAAGAAUAUCUUAUAACUGAAUUAGAUGAAGAAGAAGAAAAAGAAAAGAAAAAAUAAAUUCUUUUUAAGAAAAAAAAAAAUAGAAUUACAAAAGCUUUGCAAUUUAAUUUUUAAUAAAAAUAAAAUAAAGUAAAUGUAAUUGAUAGAUUGAUGCAUCCAGGAGUAAUAUUGGCAGUUAAAGCUAGAGAAUAAUCAUAUUUAUUUAAAAAAGUUGUAAAUUAUUGGCCUUUAAAAAAUGUUUUAAGAACAAUUACAUAAUUGUAUGAUGAAAAAAUUAGAAGUAGCAAAGAUAAUGAAACACAAAAAGAUCUAGAAAUGCAAAUAUUUGUUUUUAAUAAUUUUUUAAAUAGAUAUGGAUUUAAAAAUGUUGCUGAAAAGAAAUAUUUAUAAUUUCUACUUUCAGUUAUUCAUUUUUCAUCUAUUUUUAGAGUUAAUGUAUUUGCAAGAAUGAUUGCUAUAUUAUAAGAUGAACAUUUGAAUUUUUCAAUAGAAGAAUCAUCUUUCUUUUUAUAAGGGUAUGAUUUUAUGUGUUCUGAGUCAACUUUAGGGGUUAAUGUUGUUUAAAGUGAAAGUGAAUAAAAAUUUCAUGUUCCAUACUUAAGAGCUUUAGAUUAUAUGAAAGUAUAUUUAGAAAAUAAAAUGAUGGAAGAUGAACUUAGAGAUUUAAAAAAUGAUUUAGAAAAUUUAAAGGAACCAGAUCCUAAGAAUUUAAAUAAAUAAGGAUUAAUUGAUGUUGAUAAUUUCCUUAUUAAAGUAAUGAAUAAAUAUAGAAUUAUUACAACAAGAACUAAAGAGUUUGUAAUUCAUGCAUUCUAAGCAGCAGAUUUAGAUGGAAAUAAAAAAAUUAAUAAUAAUGAAUUUAUUACAUUAUUUAGACAUAUAGAAAAUCAAAAAUUCAAUUUUAAAGAUGCUAUGAAUUUAUUUUAUGAAUAAGCAGACAUUAUUUAGAAUGAAGAAAGAAGUCUAUCAUUUAAUAGGUUUACUUCAUUAUGUGUUAGCCAAUAGAUUUUUACUUUCUAAGCAUUAAAUCAUUUUAUAAAUGUAAAGACAAAUGAUGAUGUUGAAAAGUAAUUUUUAUUGGUGAGAUAGGAAUGGUAAAAUUAUAGAAUGGAAAUUGAAAGUACUUUAAAAGAAUUAUAACCAUAUGUUACUCCAGAAAUCUUUUAAGAAUGGAACACUAUUUUGAAAACUCUUGAGUUAAGAAUUAUGAGUUAAGCAAAUUAAUAAUCAAAUAUUAAGCCAAUAUUGAUAGCUCAUAAAAUAUUGAAAUUAGAAUUAUAGAGAUUAUUACAUGUUGGACAUUAAGAAGAUGAUAUUGAUGAAAAUGCAGUAAUUUAAUGA